ACUAAUUAUAUUAACCAUGAAGAUUGCAAUUGUUUUCCUCCUCGUGGGCCUCAGCUGUUCCUUUGCUUCUGCUGGUUUGUUACCGUGCACUGGGAAGCUGACCAAAGCUGAAGCAGACGCUGGGGCUCAGGCUUAUGUUCAUAUUAUUGCCGGUUAUCAAAAAAUAAAGGGCACGGGUGCUGAAAAUUCACCUACAAAUCUUCCCAUAAAGAUAUGCCUUGUAACAGAGCUCUUCGAUCUUGUGAAAAUUCUGGCUGCUUUCCUGGAUUGUGAUCCAAACCUAGUCUUUGCAGAAGUGUUGAACUGCUUCACAGAGCUUGACGACCAAACCAAAGCUUUCUUGAAGAAAUGUUUCGCAAACAAUGACUAUGCUGGAACUGCACAACUUGUGAUACCUAUUCAAGCAUUCUCUGAUGCUACUGCCUGCUUAAUGCAUAAGUUAUAUAAAGAAAAUGGUUUUGAUCUUAUUGAAAUUCUCAAUAUAGCGAUCAGUUCUGCGCUUUAUGCAGUUCAAGGCCUUUCUGCUGUCUUUGCAAAGAGUCUUGCCUCAGUACUUGGAACUACAGUUGGUUCUGAUGGUCUUCUGCAACCUCUUAACACUGUUAAUACGGCAGUAAAUAACGUUAAAGACCUUGUUGGUAAAAUUCUUUGAGCAACCUGCAGUACUAAUAACAGGCACCACAAUGAUUGGCCUGAGAAGAAGAAAGUGACCUGUCCUCUAUGAAUCUAUCCUGAUGAAUUUUCUAAAUAACUGUCAACGAUUUACUUUGAUUACUGUUUCAAAAUGAAUAAAGUAGACAUAGA